GUAAACAGUAAACAAAAAAGACGUUCGUUUUUCAUUGUGCAAAUUUUUUUGUGAAUCGUUUGCCGUUCGCAAAGUAUUUUAAGCUCAAAGAAUGGACUGUAAGCAGAAAAUAUUAAUUGUGGGAGAUGUGAACGGUAAAUUAAAAACGUUUUUCGCGCGCAUGGAAAAUGUAAACAAAAAGACCGGUCCGUUCGAUUUAAUCUUGUGUGUCGGAAGCUUUUUCGGAUCUUCGCCGGAAAUGGCAGAGCUGGAAGACUACAAGAAAAAGCUUAAAACAGUUCCAGUGCCGACGUACAUUUUGGGACCUAAUGAUGAAUCAACGGCAAAGUUCUAUAAAGAAGCACAAGAUGGAGAUAUUUGUCCAAAUUUGAGUUUACUUGGUAAGAGAGGAAUAUUUACAACCUCGAGUGGCUUGAAGAUUGCAUAUGUAAGCGGUGUUGAGGCUGGCCAGUCAGAUACCAAUGGAAGCGUUCCGGAUUGGAAGUUCACCAGAGAAGAUGUUGUUACCGUACGAGAUUCAUGUCUGGCUGGCAAGUCCAACAUGGGAGAUUACCGCGGUGUAGAUCUGCUGCUCACAUCGCAAUGGCCGGAAGCAAUUAAGCCAAACGUGAAAUGUACUUCUAAAUUAAUAUCUUGGCUAUCGGAUGCGAUCAAACCUCGUUAUCAUAUUUGUGGAUUAAAUGCUGACUACUACGAACCUGCACCUUAUCGUAACAAACCGGACAAGAACACACAAAUGGAAUUGGCGACGCGCUUCAUUGCUCUUGCUGAUUUUGGCAAUCCGGAGAAAAAAAAGCACAUCUACGCACUCAACCUAACCCCGGUCGAAAAAAUGAGGAUCAUCGAAUUGAUCCAGAAAACAACAGAUGAAACGGUUUCACCAUAUGUUGGUAUUAAUUUCAACGAUAAUGAUACUGACCAAAAGGAUCGGAAAGGUAAUCAAUAUUUCUAUGACUUGAACAAUACCUACGAUGACCAAGGAGGUCGCAAACGUCGGAGUCAGGGAAAUCGAAUCAGUGGAAACCAACAGGAUCAACAAAAGCGAGCUAAACCAACUUUUGAUCAGGAAAAAUGUUGGUUUUGUCUAUCUUCAGGUUCAGUCGAAAAACAUCUUAUCAUUUCAGUUGGAGAGCACUUUUAUCUAGCCCUCGCUAAAGGUCCAAUUAACGAAAGUCACAUACUGAUCGUGUCUGUAACACAUAUACAAAACGCUUCUCUUCUCUCUCCUGAACAAUGGGCUGAGCUAGAAAAGUUUAAGCAAGCGCUUAGUCAGUUCUACAAAGAUCGAGAAGAAACCAUACUUAUGUUUGAGAGAAAUUACAAAACGGGUCAUAUGCAAAUCAAUGCCGUUGGCAUCGAUAAUAAUGUUGUAUGGAAAAUCAAACACGUGCUCGAGGACAAAUCCGAAGAGCACAAUAUCACACUGGAAACGGUACCAAAAGCAACGUCACCCGCUGAUCUUCCACAAAAAUGUCCAUAUUUCGUAGCUGAACUCCCAGAUGACACAAUGGCGGUGACCAGACAGAUGAAGUAUUUUCCUAUCCAUUUUGGACGUGAAAUAAUUUGUGCAGACAAUCUGCUCAACUGCGAAGAGAAAAUCGACUGGCGUCAGUGUAAUCUGGACACGGCUGAAGAGAAAUCUAUUGUCGAUAAUUUCCGCGAAAGUUUUAAGCCGUACGAUUUCACCCUUUAGAAAGAUGUUGUACAUGAAUAUGUUUUGUUAUUCACUAAAUAAAUGAGUUGUA